AUGGCCGGUAGGGAUAGGGACCCGCUGGUGGUUGGCAGGGUUGUGGGGGACGUGCUGGACCCCUUCGUCCGGACCACCAACCUCAGGGUGACCUUCGGGAACAGGACCGUGUCCAACGGCUGCGAGCUCAAGCCGUCCAUGGUCGCCCAGCAGCCCAGGGUUGAGGUGGGCGGCAAUGAGAUGAGGACCUUCUACACACUCGUACGUACACAGUCACUAUCUAAUGCCAAUUUAUCUCUGAAAGUGCUCACCACACGCACAUGA